AUGGCAUCCCUCCUCCGCCAAAUCGUCGCAGGCCCCCGCUCCCGCCACCCAGAAGCCGGCCUAGACCUCUGCUACGUGACGGAUCAAAUCAUCGCGACCUCUGGGCCCAGCGGCACGUACCCGCAGCGCGCGUACCGCAAUCCUCUCGACCAGCUGGUGAAAUUCCUCGACUACAAACACGGCAAGGAAUGGGCAAUAUGGGAGUUCCGUGCCGAAGGCACCGGGUACCCAGACUCGGAGGUCUAUGGACGCGUGUGGCAUUAUCCGUGGCCCGACCAUCACCCACCGCCGUUUAGGCUCGUGCCGAUGAUUAUGGCGGGCAUGAGGAAUUGGCUGCAUGAGGGCGCGGAAGAGGGGAAGGGAAGGGAGGAUAGGGUUGUGGUUGUGCAUUGCAAGGCGGGGAAGGGGAGGAGUGGGACGAUGGCUUGCAGUUACUUGAUCUCGGAGUGUGGGUGGAAGGCUAGUGAGGCACUGGCGAGGUUUACGGAGCGGAGAAUGAGGCCUGGGUUUGGACAGGGGGUUUCUAUUCCCAGUCAGUUGAGGUGGGUGGGGUAUGUGGAUCGGUGGGCGAAGGCUGGAAAGGUGUAUGUGGACAGACAGAUUGAGAUUAUGGAGGUGCAUGUAUGGGGUUUGAGGGAUGGGGUCAAGGUCCAGGUGGAGGGCUUCGUUGAUGAUGGGAAGACGAUUAAGCUGUUUCAUGUCUUUACGAAGAAGGAAAGAGUGAUAGUUGAAGGCGACGCCCCAGGAAGCGGAGGACUUAAAGACAAGAUUUCUGAUAUGGCAGGCUUUCAAAAUGAGGGUAAAGUCCCGAGGUCAAAGACGAUAGCCCAGUUGGAUGGGUCCAGUAAUAGCAAGGCUACUACGUCUUCGGAGCAGUUGUCUUCGUCUAGCUUGGACUCUACUGGUACAGAAAGUGGUGGCAGUGCCGUUAUAUUCAAACCUUCGACUCGUGUUAUUCUUCCUACGAGCGAUAUCAAUAUCGACUUUGAGCGGAGGAACAAAGCAUCAAUGGGAUUGACUAUGGUGACAUCAGUCGCCCAUGUCUGGUUUAAUGCCUUUUUCGAAGGUAAUGGUCCUGAACAGGGUGGGAAACCUGAUAACAGUGGCACUUUUGAGAUCGAAUGGGAUGCUAUGGAUGGUAUCAAGGGCUCGAGUAGGAAAGGAACACGAGCCUUUGAUCGCUUAGCAGUGGUCUGGAAGGCAUAUGAUCCGGAACCAGGGCGGGGUCGAAAGGAGGAUGUCAUUCAUGAGCCAGGUGUUACUUCUCCUGUUCUCCAGAUGUCACCCGCCGAUUGGAAGGGAGGCAAUGAAACCUCUCCUGGCAUGGGGAAAGACCUUGGACUACGGACAGAGAGUCCAAUCAGCGCGAACGUUAGCAAGGCGAGCAGUAUUAACAGUGCUGCGAAAGAUGAAGACAGUGAUUCUGAAGCGGGUGUCAAAACCUCCGAUCCCACUGGGAAAGAAGAUUUGAAUGUCAACGUAGACGAUCUGCCGCAGCCGAAGGAAACCGGUUCUGAUCCGACGCUCGCUGCUGUGAACGCUGGUCUAGAUACUGCAUCUUCCACCACCCCAGAACGUGGUUCGGAAACAUCAAGUCCAAUGAUAACUGAAGCAGUACGAGCAUCCACAGAUCCUACAGGGAGCUCCAGCGCAUCCAGGAUAUCGACAUCAGAUCUUCCUGAUGGUGUUCCAACAGACCAGCUCAAGACGGCGAAGGAGCACAAACUCGGACACAUGUCAUCAGUGAAGAAAAAUAUAGACUCGUAA